GGGGAGCCAGCAGAGUUCCAUUUUGGAACGCCCGCGCCGCGUCUCAGCGCUCCCGGCCGGUCCCCGCACUCCCAGCCCCGGCGCAGGUCUUGACGCAGUGACAGCUCUUGGAGUCAAAUAGUAAAAAGAUUCCCAGGAUGUAAGCAAUACGGGACUGAUAUGAUGCUGCCUGACGUGCUUUGUGAUUGAAGCAGUUACCAUUUCCUGUGCUGAAGCCACUCAGAAAACUUAAAGCACUAGACUUCAGCAUUCAAGGGAAGCCAAAGCCAUUUGCAGGAGAAUAAAGCCAAAAACCUUGCAUCUUAUUUGUUUUAAGGAUUGCACCGCCCCAACCCCCACCCACCCCCCAGAAAGAACCAUUGCACUCAAGCAGGCAGAAUGGCAAGCAAACGAAAAUCUACAACUCCCUGCAUGGUUCGGACAUCACAAGUAGUGGAGCAAGACAUGCCCGAGGAGGGAGACAGGGCCAAAGAAAAGGGAAUGGCCACGCCACAGCCUGAUGUGGCCAAGGACAGCUGGGCAGCAGAACCUGAAAACUCUUCCAAAGAAAAUGACGUGAUCGAGGUGAAAUCUACGGGGGAACCCCCAUCCAAAAAGCUCCAAGGUGGGUACGAAUGCAAAUACUGCCCCUACUCCACGCAGCACCUGACCGAGUUCACAGAGCACGUUGACAUGCAGCACCCCAACGUGAUCCUCAACCCCCUGUACGUGUGCGCCGAGUGCAACUUUACGACCAAAAAGUACGACUCCUUAUCCAACCACAACUCUAAGUUCCAUCCUGGGGAGACAAACUUCAAGCUGAAGCUAAUCAAACGCAAUAAUCAAACUGUGUUAGAGCAGUCCAUCGAAGCCACCAACCAUGUUAUCUCCAUCACCCAUGGUGGCCCCACAUGUGGCGACAGUGAUCCCGGGAUCUCAGUGAGCAAAACCCCCAUCAUGAAGCCCGGGAAACCAAAAGCUGAUGCCAAGAAGGUGCCCAAGAAGCCUGAGGAGGCCCCCGCCGAGAACCACGUGGACGGGACUGCCCACUUGGUGGCCGACGCAGCUGAGAUCCUCUCGCGACUUGGUGGCGUGGAGCUUCUCCAGGACUCGCUAGGGCAUGUCAUGCCUUCUGUACAGCUCCCACCAAAUAUCAACCUUGUCCCCAAGGUCCCUGUCCCACUGAAUACUACCAAAUACAACUCUGCCCUGGACACCAACGCCACCAUGAUCAACUCCUUCAACAAGUUCCCUUACCCGACCCAGGCUGAGUUGUCCUGGCUGACGGCUGCCUCUAAACACCCGGAAGAGCACAUCCGGAUCUGGUUCGCCACCCAGCGCUUAAAACACGGCAUCAGCUGGUCCCCGGAAGAGGUGGAGGAGGCCCGGAAGAAGAUGUUUAAUGGCACCAUCCAGUCAGUGCCUCCGACCAUCACUGUGCUGCCCGCCCAGCUGGCCCCCACCAAGAUGUCACAGCCCAUCCUCCAGACAGCUCUGCCGUGCCAGAUUCUUGGCCAGACCAGCCUGGUGCUGACUCAGGUGACCAGUGGGUCGACUACCGUGUCUUGUUCCCCCAUCACUCUUGCUGUGGCUGGAGUGACCAACCACGGCCAGAAGAGACCUUUGGUGACUCCCCAAGCUGCCCCUGAACCCAAGCGUCCACACGUCGCUCAGGUGCCAGAGCCCCCACCCAAGGUGGCCAACCCGCCACUGACCCCUGCCAGCGACCGCAAGAAGACGAAGGAGCAGAUAGCACAUCUCAAGGCCAGCUUCCUCCAGAGCCAAUUCCCUGACAACGCUGAGGUCUACCGACUCAUCGAAGUGACCGGCCUCUCCAGGAGCGAGAUCAAGAAGUGGUUUAGUGACCACCGGUAUAGGUGUCAAAGAGGCAUUGUCCACAUCACCAGCGAAUCCAUUGCCAAAGACCAGAUGGCCCUAGCGGCCACUCGACACGGUCGCACGUACCACGCAUACCCAGACUUUGCCCCACAGAAGUUCAAAGAAAAGACACAAGGUCAGGUUAAAGUCCUGGAAGACAGCUUUUUGAAAAGCUCUUUUCCAACCCAAGCAGAACUGGACCGGCUCAGGGUGGAGACCAAGCUGAGCAGGAGAGAGAUUGAUUCUUGGUUCUCGGAGAGGCGAAAGCUUCGGGACAGCAUGGAGCAAGCUGUCUUGGAUUCCAUGGGGACUGGCAAAAAAGGCCAAGAUGUGGUGGCCCCCAAUGGUGCUCUCUCUCGACUUGACCAGCUCUCCAGCGCCCAGCUAGCCAGUUCUCUGCCUAGCCCUUCACCAGCAAUUACAAAAAGUCAAGAGCAGGUUCAUCUCCUGAGGAGCACAUUUGCAAGAACCCAGUGGCCCACUCCCCAGGAGUAUGACCAGUUAGCGGCAAAGACUGGCCUGGUCCGAACUGAAAUCGUGCGUUGGUUCAAGGAGAACAGAUGCUUGCUAAAAACUGGGACUCUGAAGUGGAUGGAGCAGUACCAGCACCAGCACAUAAUGGACGAUCACAUUUAUGACGCUAUCUCAAGAAAAGCAACAAAACCCAUUGCCGAGAGCCCAAAGAAUGGGAGCGAGGGGGUGCAGCAAUAUUACAAGGACCCUAAAAGGCUCUGCGAAGAGGACUUAGAGAAGUUGGGGUCCAGAGUGAAAGUGGGUAGCGAGCAAGCAAAAGACUGUCUUCCAGCAAAGCCCUUGGAGGCCACCUUGGACAAGUCAGAGGGCAACAGCCGGGACGGCCAGGGCAGCGAUGAGAAUGAGGAGUCGGGCGUUGUGGAUUGGGUAGAGGUCACCGUUGGUGAGGAGGAUGCCAUCUCAGACCGGUCGGAUAGCUGGAGUCAGACUGCGCCUGAAGGCCCGGCAGAACUAGCUGACUCAGACUCUGAGAGUGUCCCUGCCGAGGCUGGCCAGGCCUAGACAGGGACAUCUGUCAGAACUGCUGUGCUGUUGAAGGACGCUCUGUCUUGGAAGGAAGCAGAGAACCUCCCUCUCCUGCCCACCACGGGGCGCCCUCACCAGUGACUCCCAGUGUAACUACUUAGCCCGUGUGUGCCUGGAGGGUGGGUGGGAACUGUUCAUAGUGCCAAAGUCCUACUGCUGCGUUUCCAAUGGGUCCCUGUAAAUAGUUUGCGCCUCUGUCCUGGCCCCCGCCUCUUGCUAUACUGGAACCGAUUUGUACAAUGGGAAUUUUGUUACCUUUUUAACCAAGGGCAACUUCCUCUUCCAGCACUACCAUUGUAAGUCUUUUUCCAGGAGGGAGGGCUGAUCACAUGGCGCUUUUCUCUUUUCUCCUUUUGUUUUUCUUAAUUUUAUUAUUGUUAUUUUUUGGAGGUUAGCAUUAGUGCCAUUAUCUCUUCCAGAUUUUUGGUAGGAGAAUUCAUUUUUAAAGGUAGCUUGAAAUUUGGAGAUUUCUCAGUGGGGAGGGCUGGGAUUCGGGCCUCUGUUUCCCCCUGGAGAGAGGGCUGAUGGAUGGCAGAGCGUCCAGAUGAAAUCCGUUUCUAGUUCUCCCCCUAGCUGCCUUUGGGGCCCCUGCCUUAGCCAGGUACCAGGUUUUCUGAGCUACUUGGCCUCUUAGGUGGAGUCCCUGGGUGGUGCAAUCAGUUAAGCACUCAACUAGUAACCUAAAGGCUGGCAGCUCAGACCCACCCAGAGGUGCCUCAGAAGACAGGCCUGGUGAUCUGCUUCCAAAAAGUCACAGCCUUGAACACCCUAUGGAGCACAGUUCUGCUCUGCACACAUGAGGUCACCAUGAGUCAACAGCAACCGGUUUGGGGUUUUUUUGGCCUCUUAGGCCUCGGGCCCAGCCAGCGUUGGGAGGACUGAGUAGCAGCAGACGGCUGCCAUCUAUUAGCACUUCCUCAAAUACCAGCAGAAAGGGCUUCUAUGUUUGUUAGCAUUAUUAUUACUGCUUUUAUGAAAUUAAAACAGAAAAAAAGAAGAUCUUCAUAUCUAGAUGGCACAAUGAUGAACAGCUUUGGCUUUUAUUUCUGUUCUUAACUGCCUUUUCUCCGCGGGGUAGUUGACAAGAUUUCAGCUUGAAGCCUCACCAUGAAUUGAUUUUUUUUGUUUGUUUGUGUGUUUGUUUUUGGGCCAAUUUUAGAUUCCUGAGUGCACUUUUUUUUUUUUUUUUUCCAGUUAGUCCUAACUUUU